CAAUUGUAAAGUACCUCCCCAUUCAGAUAAUUAACCAUCAUGGCGGGAGGAGGAUUUGUAUCAGCUUCAGGGGAAUCCCACUUUGAGGCAAAAAUCACGUUUGCCGUCAUAAUAUCUUGCAUAAUGGCUGCCACCGGUGGCCUUAUGUUUGGUUAUGAUAUUGGAAUUUCAGGUGGUGUCACAUCAAUGCCUAGCUUUCUAGAAAAGUUUUUCCCUGAGGUAUACAGAAAGAUACAAGAUCAUGGUGUGGACAGUAACUACUGCAAAUAUGACAAUCAAACUCUACAAUUGUUCACAUCCUCUCUGUACCUCGCAGCUUUGGUAGCCACCAUGUUUGCCUCUUCCGUCACCAGGACGCUAGGCCGGAAGCAAACUAUGUUGAUUGCUGGCAUUUUUUUCAUCGUUGGAACUGUCUUGAAUGCUGUAGCAAAUAGCUUGCUACUGCUAAUUGUUGGCAGAAUCUUACUUGGUUGUGGUGUUGGUUUCGCCAAUCAGGCUGUGCCAGUGUUUAUUUCUGAGAUUGCACCCACAAGAAUUCGUGGAGCACUUAACAUCAUGUUCCAGCUUAAUAUCACCAUUGGAAUUCUCAUAGCAAACAUUGUCAACUACUUCACAGCAAAGAUUGAAGGUGGAUAUGGGUGGAGGAUAUCAGUGGCUUUGGCAGGGAUUCCAGCAAUAAUGCUGACAUUUGGGUCCCUCCUGGUGCAUGACACUCCCAACAGUCUUAUUGAGAGGGGUUUGGAGGAUGAAGGGAAGGCUGUGCUAAAGAAGAUUCGUGGUGUGGAAAAUGUUGAGCCAGAGUUUCAGGAGAUUCUUAAAGCCAGUAAAGUGGCUAAAGCGGUUAAGAAUCCCUUCCAAAACCUCCUUAAGCGCCACAACCGUCCUCCAUUGAUCAUUGCCGUUAUGAUGCAGGUCUUCCAACAAUUCACCGGCAUCAAUGCGAUCAUGUUCUAUGCUCCAGUGUUGUUCAGCACCUUGGGAUUUAAAAGUGAUGCUUCCCUUUACUCAGCCGUGAUCACAGGAGCUGUGAAUGUGCUAUCAACCUUGGUGUCUGUUUAUUUCGUGGACAAAGCUGGUCGGAGGAUGCUGUUGUUGGAGGCCUGUGUCCAAAUGUUUGUGUCUCAGAUGGUGAUUGGCACAGUGCUUGGGUUGAAGGUCCAAGACCACUCAGAUAGCUUGAACAAAGGGCUCGGGGUGUUGGUGGUGGUCAUGGUUUGCACCUUUGUGGCAUCUUUUGCAUGGUCUUGGGGACCACUUGGGUGGCUCAUUCCGAGUGAGACAUUCCCACUUGAGGCUAGGUCAGCGGGGCAAAGUGUUACCGUGUUUACGAACAUGCUCUUCACAUUUAUUAUUGCUCAAGGUUUCUUGUCCAUGAUGUGCCACCUCAAAUUCGGGAUCUUCUUUUUCUUCUCCGCCUGGGUGCUUGCCAUGGCCAUAUUCACAGUGUUGCUAAUUCCAGAGACUAAGAACAUACCCAUAGAGGAGAUGACAGAUAAAGUCUGGAGAAACCACUGGUUCUGGAAGAGUUAUAUGGAAGAUUAAUUUUUGCAAAUUAUAUAAGUAGAAUACUCUCUUUAAAAAAAAUACCCAUUACUUUGAACACAUUGCUGGCACUCAAAAGAAAAAGUUAUUACAUAAUCUAAAACUAUUAUAAUUUUAAUUAAUCUUUCCCCAAUACAUAGUUGUAAAUAUUUAUCUUCAACUAUGUGCCACGUAGAGAUUAAUCCGACUACAUAUAUAUGUAGGGUCUGUCUCAGGUUUUCCAUUACUUUGCAUCAUUUUUCUUUUCUUUUCUUUUUUCUUUCAGAGGCCUCACUUGAAUUGUAUGUAUUUGGCUCAA